AUGGAGGCGGCCUUGCUGCAGCCCCUGGCGGUGGCCGAGGUGAAGGCGGCGGCGGCGGCGGCGGCGGGGCCGGUGAGCGCCGAGCUGGAGGUGAAGAAGCUGCAGGAGCUGGUGCGCCAGCUGGAGAAGCAGAACGAGCAGCUGCGCAGCCGGGCGGCCGCCUCCUCCUCCGCGCCGGCCUCGGCGGGCCCCGGCAGCCCCCGGCAGCCGCGCCUCCUCCCCUCCGCCGCCGCCCCGGGCCAGCCCGCCAUGGCCAGCCCGGCGGCCGCGCUCCUGUGCGCCGCGGAGCCCUUCGUCUACUUCAAGCCCUCGCCCGGCCCGCAGCAGCAGCAGCAGCCGCCCGAAGCCGCCGCCAGCGUGCCGCCGGCCACCGUCCUGGACGAGGUGGAGGUGCUGGACCUGCUGCAGGGGGAGCCCGGCGGCGCCCGGCCGGACGAGCAGGAGGCCGAGGAGACCUGGUUGUAUGUUGCGCCUGCUAAAAGUGUCCUGACCCAAGAAAAACCCCUGAGUCCUCUGCAGUGGUGCCGACAUGUUCUAGAUCACCCGAGCCCUGAGAUGGAAGCGGCAAAACGCUCGCUGUGCUUCCGACUGGAACAAGCUAGCCGAUGGCGGAGUCUCUUCUCUUCAUCUGUCUCCUCGGCUUUCCCCUAUAGCCCUGUUGCAAGGCUCACUCCGUAUAGCAAUGGCUUUAACACUCCUGCCUUUUCUAAAACCUUCAGUAAAGCAAUAUUAACACCUGAAAAGACAGGUUGUAUUUCUAGAAGCUCCCCUCUCAGCCCACAGUCAUCAAUAGACAGUGAACUCAGCACCUCGGAGCUAGAAGAUGACUCCAUCUCCAUGGGAUACAAACUACAAGAUCUCACGGAUGUCCAGAUCAUGGCUCGGCUGCAGGAAGAAAGUCUAAGGCAAGACUAUGCUUCCACUUCAGCAUCUGUAUCCAGAAACAGCUCCAGCGUCUCUCUUCACUCGGGCAAGAAAGGCACCAACAGUGACCAGGAAUUUGAUCGCUACAGUCUUGAGGAUGAGGAAGAAGAAUUCGACCACCUGCCGCCCCCACAGCCUCGCCUCACUCGUUGCACCCCGUUCCAAAGAGGAAUUCCCCAUUCACAGACUUUUUCCAGUAUUCGGGACUGCAAGAGAAGCCCAACCUCCCCAUAUUUCCCUUCAAAUAAUUAUCAGCAGCAACAGUGUUAUUCUCCUCAAGCCCAAAGUCCUCUUGAACAGCAACCAAACAGGAUUAAUGGAGACAAACUCCGAAGAAGCAUGCCCAACUUAGCCCGGAUGCCAAGCACGCCCACCAUCAAUACCAGCGUCAACUCUGCAGUCACUGUGAGGAACAGUCUCAGCUUCGACUCUAACUUGCAUGGCGCUGGUAAUGGGAUGUCAAGAAUUCAGUCUUGUAUCCCUUCUCCAGGACAGCUUCAGCACCGAGUUCACAGUGUGGGACACUUUCCAGUCUCCAUCAGGCAGCCUCUGAAAGCCACUGCCUAUGUGAGUCCGACAGUUCAAGGAAGCAACAACAGCAACAGCAGCAGCAAUAACACGCCAUUGCCUGGCACCUUACAGUUACACUCAAACUCUGGCAUCCCGAUGCCAAACAAGACUGCGAAUGCAGGGGUUAUAACGCGCAGUGGUCUUCCAAGGCCCUCCUUGGCUAUAAGUGGGAGCAGCAUACCCAGGAGUAAGAUUGCACAGCCAAUUCGAAGUUUCCUCCAGCCGCCAAAGCCGCUUUCUUCACUUAGUACUCUACGGGAUGGCAACUGGAGAGAUGGCUGUUAUUGAACGUGAAGAGACCUGAACUGCAGGCAAGAAAGAACGCUGAUCCUCUUACCCAGCUGGCUGGGUAACUUGACUGUGGGUGGGGAGAAUUGGUCACACGGCAGUUUCUUUUUCUCUGUCACUGAUUACCG